CCCGAGAUCUAACUCCCAAAACAAAAGCCCGCUUUCAUUUUAGUUUUUCAUCCAAAAAAAUUCAGAUCCCCGCCCUUUCUCUUUCAUUUUUCUAUAUUCCCAGCCCGCUAAAAUAAAAUUCCCAAUCCCUAAAAUCACACACGAACACUCUCCACUACUCCUCUUCUUUACUCUAUUCCCCACACCAAAUUCCCGUCUCUCCGAUCUGUAUUUAGGGUUUAAUUUUGAUUUGAGAGGUGACCAUGGCGAGUGAAACCCUAGAGGAGAAGAAAUCAGAGGAGGAAGCUCCCGUUGAAGGAACAGAGGAUCCCAAGCAACAAGAAAAACAAGAGAUGGAGAUAGAACCUAAGGAAAAAGAAGAUGACAAGGAGCUCAAAGAGAAACCAGAAUUAGAGAAAAACGGUGACGAGGACGAAGAGGAAAAAGAAGAAGCUGACGUGGAUACAGAGGAGAAGGAAGAAGCUGACGUGGAUAAAGAGGAGAAGGAAGAAGAAGACGAAGAGGAGGACGACGAGGAUGAAGAAGAGGACCUGAAUUCGAAGAAAAAGAAGGGAGGCUCUGCGAAAAAAGAACAGAGAGAGUCGAAGAAGCGGAGUGAGAAGAAACAGAGUAAAGAAACUGUAGAGAAAAAAGAGUCGGUGACUCCGAGUAGCGAUAGGCCGACUAGAGAAAGGAAGAUGGUGGAGAGGUAUUCUAUACCUGAACCUCCUAGAUCAGCUACCAAACCGGUUUCUAUUGAGAAGGGACGCGGUACUCAGCUCAAAGAUAUCCCCAAUGUGGCUUUCAAGUUGUCCAAGAGAAAACCGGAUGACAAUCUGCAUAUGCUUCACCUAAUACUUUUUGGCAAGAAAGCAAAGGCAUACAAUCUAAAGAAAAAUAUAGGCCAGUUUUCUGGCUUUGUUUGGGCUGAGAAUGAGCAGGAAAGACAUAAAGCAAAAUUAAGGGAAAAACUUGACAAGUGUGUUAAAGAAAAGUUGAUAGAUUUUUGUGAUUUGCUCAAUAUUCCAAUCAAUAAGAAUGCUAGGAAAAAGGAAGAACUCAAUGUAAAAUUAUUGGAAUUUUUGGAGUCCCCACAUUCUACUACUGAUGUUCUGCUUGCUGAUAAGGAACAGAAAGGAAAGAAGCGUAAGGUCACCACUGGAAAAAAUACAAGCCCUGGAGAAGCAUCAGCUACACCAGCUAAGAAGCGAAAGGGAACAUCUGAAUCUGGUGAAAAACGGAAGCAUUCCUCAAAGGGCGAGGAUGAUGAAGAUGAGGAUAAAGUUGAAUCACAGAACGAUAAGGAUGCUAAUGAUGACUCGCAAGAUGAUGAUGAUGAAAACAAUAGCACGCCAAAACAAGAGAGCGAUAAUGAGGAGAGCAAAUCAGAUGAAGAAGAGGAUGGUGCAAAGGAGAAGACACCCACUCCACAGACAUCUAAGAAAGUUGUGAAGGAAAGUUCAGGGGAUAAAAGUAAAGAUAAAGCCACAUCUUCAAAAAAGAGCACCACAAAGCCUAUCAAAAGUCCUUCAAAAUCUACAAAAAAGUCCUCUGGAUCAUCAUCAAAGCAAGUUGCAAAAGACACUGAUGAAACUGGUUCACAUUCCAAAUCUAAGGUUUCUUCAUCUAAGAAACAGAAAGUUGAAAAGGAAAGUCCAAAAGACAAAAGUAUUCCUAACAAGGACAAAGGCUCAAGCAAGAAACAGGCAACCAAAUUGACAGAAAAGGCUUCUGCAAAGGAUCAAGGCAAACCAAAAUCCAGCAAGAAGGUUAAGAAACAGCCCACUAGAGAAGAUAUGCACGCAGUUGUAGUAGAAAUUCUGAAGGAAGUGGAUUUUAAUACUGCAACUUUAUCUGAUAUUCUCCGGCAGCUUGGUACCCACUUUGGUGUAGAUCUAAUGCAUAGAAAAGCAGAGGUGAAGGACAUUAUUACAGAGGUGAUAAACAUGAUGUCUGAUGAGGAGGAUGAAGAGGAGGAAGUUGAAGACAAUACUGAGGCUGUUGAUGAAUCUGUCAAGGAUGAAGAUGGGGAUGAUGAUGCUUAGUUCACUUCAUUGUGGGUGAUUAACCUGAGCAUUCUGGAAAAUGAGGUAUGUGGUGUUCUCUUAGGGAAUCACAUCCCUGGAGGGGCUUUCAAUAGCUACAAAUGGUAACCUGCCAUUGCAAUAUUUAUGGCACAACUGUUUCCUGAUGCAGAUAACCUGCUGGUCUAAUUUGUACCAUAUGCAUUUGUAACUCUUUAGUCUUGAGGAUAAUGUAAUUUUUAGUGUUUCCCUUUUACAGGCCUUUUUAAAGGUAUUUAGGAAUGCUUCUGCAAAUUAGCUGUGAAUGAUUUUCUUUAUUUAUUUAAAUGAUAACUUUCUAUGCUGAUCA